UUCCUAGUCCCCUUGCCUUUGCCCCCGGUUUCCGCCCUCCUCCUCCUCUUCACUCGCCUCCUCCCAUGGCUCGCCCCCGCGGCCUCGUCUGACCCCCCGCCACGCCUCCCCGGAGAGCGGCGCCCGCGAUCUCGCCGGAGAUGCCGCCGCCUCCUCCUCCCCCGGCGGGGGCGCAGCAGCCGCAGCUCCACGGGGUGGUCAUCAUCACGCUCCCUCCAUCGGACCAGCCCUCCAAGGGCAAGACCAUCACCGCCUUCACCUACACCGACGACGCCCCGCCCCCUCCCCGGCCCCCGGAGCCGGUGAUGGGGUACCCGGCCGCGACGCAGGUCAGGCGGCGGCCGAGGCGGGUGCUCUCGACGCGGCGGGUGGCGGCGGCGGCGCUCGUGCUGGGCGCGCUCGCGGUCGCCGCCUACUACUGCUUCUACUCGGACGUGGCCGUGCAGUUCCUGGGGAUGGAGCAGGAGGAGGCGCAGAAGGACAGGAACGAGACCAGGUCCUUCCUGCUGCCGCUCCACCCCAAGGCGCGCCAGGGCCGCGCCCUGCGGGAGUUCGGGGACGUCAAGCUCGCCGCCAGGAGGAUCGACGACGGCUGGAGGAAGGCUAGGAACAAGAUGGAGGUCGCGAAGGCGGCCGCGGCGGGGACCAAUUCCACGGCGUUGCUCCCGAUCAAGGGCAAUGUCUUCCCCGAUGGCCAGUACUAUACAUCUAUCUUUGUUGGCAACCCUCCAAGACCAUACUUUCUUGACGUCGAUACUGGGAGCGACUUGACGUGGAUCCAGUGUGAUGCACCAUGUACAAAUUGCGCAAAGGGACCGCAUCCUCUAUAUAAGCCAACAAAAGAAAAGAUUGUCCCUCCUAGAGAUUUGUUAUGCCAAGAACUGCAAGGCAACCAGAACUACUGUGAAACCUGCAAGCAGUGUGACUAUGAAAUUGAAUAUGCAGACCAAAGCUCCUCUAUGGGUGUCCUUGCAAGGGAUGAUAUGCAUCUGAUUGCAACCAAUGGUGGAAGGGAAAAACUAGAUUUUGUCUUUGGGUGUGCAUAUGAUCAGCAAGGCCAGCUUUUGUCCUCACCAGCAAAGACCGAUGGGAUCCUUGGACUUAGCAACGCAGCGAUAAGCCUUCCCAGUCAGCUGGCUAGUCACGGGAUUAUUUCCAACAUUUUUGGCCAUUGUAUCACGAGAGAGCAAGGUGGUGGAGGAUAUAUGUUUCUGGGAGAUGAUUAUGUACCUAGAUGGGGAAUAACAUGGACUUCUAUUCGAAGUGGUCCAGAUAACUUAUAUCACACAGAAGCCCACCAUGUAAAAUAUGGAGAUCAGCAACUCCGGAUGCGUGAACAGGCAGGAAACACUGUUCAAGUAAUUUUUGACAGUGGAAGCUCCUAUACGUACCUCCCAGAUGAAAUAUAUGAAAACCUUGUUGCAGCAAUCAAAUAUGCGUCUCCGGGCUUUGUCCAAGACAGCUCAGAUCGGACAUUACCUUUAUGCUGGAAAGCUGAUUUCCCUGUGAGGUAUCUGGAAGAUGUCAAGCAGUUCUUCAAGCCCUUGAACCUUCACUUUGGGAAGAAAUGGCUUUUCAUGUCUAAAACAUUCACUAUUUCUCCUGAGGAUUACUUGAUUAUUAGUGAUAAAGGAAACGUCUGUCUUGGGCUUCUCAAUGGAACGGAGAUUAAUCAUGGGUCAACUAUCAUAGUGGGAGAUGUUUCUCUGCGCGGCAAGUUAGUUGUGUAUGACAAUCAACGGAGGCAGAUUGGAUGGACAAAUUCAGACUGCACCAAACCACAAUCACAAAAGGGCUUCCCCUUCUUCCUCUGACAAGCAUCGCUAGCAAUAAUACAUGUGUAAAGCUUAAAUAGUGAAUGCCACUGGUAUUCUAGAAUUUGCUAUUAAGUAGAACCUGCCCUUGUGUACGGUAUAUCGUUCCAUGGGAACUGUCAGAAAUCCCCCACUCUGUGUUGUACUCGUCUGUAAUGUGUAUACUGUGUUGUACACUUGUAGUAUUAUGUAUAAUAUACACUGUCUCCUCUACAUGGAGUUUUUGUAAAUUAGUUACAUUAUGAACAUUUUCGACCUAAGUUGACUACUGUACAUAUUUGACCA